UGUUGUUAAUCUUGUCUAUUUUUCUGAAAAUUUUGUUUUAAAGAGUUCUGGGUCUGCCUUAUCUUUGGAGGUUAAUAAAAGUUUAUUUUUAUUGGGAAAAGCCAAAUUGGACUGCUCUAUGUUUACAAAUUACAACACCUCUCACUAUUGUGAUAAGUGAGGUCAAAGACGCAAUAGCAUGCUUCAGAACAACUUUUCUUCUUCCUUACAAAACAGAAAAAAAAAAAAUUCCACUAUCAAGAAAUGCACUUUGAGUGGUUGUAAAAGAGCAAUAGAAAUAAAAAUAGACCCUAAGAGUAGUUCCAGAUGGCGGACGAUUCUUAAUGUGGCAAUCUCAACUUAUGACCUAUGGCUUCUCAUUUCUAUCGUUAUUGUCAACCUUCACCUUAGUUGCCCACUUCUGUGCCAUGGGUUUCAUUUCCAGCACAAAAAAAGUAGCAGAUAGGUGUAACGUAGCAACAAUGAGCACCAUCUCCUACAUCCUCUUAGUUUGUCUCAUUUCCUACACUACAGCUCAAGAUUCCAGUAGAAAAGCCCUAGAAUUUACAAUUGGUAUUGGCAGCGGCAGCAAAGAUAGCGACAUGAGUAAGGGCUGCAACGAUGAACAUCAUACUCUUCCAUUCAAACUCAAUUGUCCUCUGCCAAGAACCCAUUUAGCAACUCUGCCAGAACUUCCUUCCAAAAGGGAAGUUUUGGUGUUUGCUGACCAAAGGCUGGCUGUAGUGUAUCCGGUAAUCCAAAAAUUUAAGUCUAUAAUCACCUCAGAUCCUCUUGGCAUCACCAAAACUUGGCUGGGUUCAGAUAUAUGCAGUUACAAAGGGUUCUACUGUGAUAAUCCACCUGAUAACAAGUCUGCCAUAGCUGUUGCUUCUAUUGACUUCAAUGGAUUUCAGCUGUCUGCCCCUACACUAGAUGGUUUUCUUGAGCAGCUACCUGAUAUCGCACUUUUCCAUGCGAAUUCCAACAACUUUGCUGGUACACUUUCGCCAAACAUCGCCAAGCUUCGUUAUCUUUACGAGCUUGAUAUAAGUAACAACCAAUUUUCAGGUCCAUUUCCAACAGCUGUUCUAGGCAUAAGUGGUUUAACAUUCUUGGACAUUCGCUUCAACUUCUUUACCGGGUCAGUUCCUGCUCAAAUAUUUAUUCAGAACCUUGAUGCUCUCUUUAUCAACAACAACAAUUUCAUGAUGCAGCUGCCUGAUAAUAUUGGCAACACUCAUAUUUUUUAUCUCACCUUGGCCAACAACAAAUUCAAUGGUCCGCUUCCAAGAGGCAUUUUCAAAGCGUUUUCAUCUUUAGCUGAGGUUCUGCUCUUAAACGACCAGCUAACAGGUUGUAUACCUUAUGAGAUAGGUUUGCUAAAGGAGGCUGUAGUUUUUGAUGCUGGUAACAAUCAGUUGACUGGUCAUUUACCUUUCUCUUUAGCUUGCUUGGAGAAUUUGGAGCAACUAAACUUUGCUGGUAACCUUCUGUUUGGAAUGGUGCCUGAGGGGGUAUGCGAGAUUGGAAAAUUGGUGAAUUUAUCAUUGUCCGACAAUUAUUUUAUACAUGUUGGGCCCCUGUGUAGAAUUUUGAUUGAGAGAGGAGUGCUUGAUGUAAGGAACAACUGCAUUCCUGAUCUUCCAUUUCAGAGAUCAGUAGAGGAUUGUGCAAAUUUCUUUGCCCAUCCAAGGUUGUGUCCUCGCACGUGGCCUUACACUUACAUCCCCUGUAACCAUUUUCCAUAUAGUUCUUCAAUUCCCGAAGUCGCUCCUUCACCUUAAUCUUCUUUAGACUAAUCAAGCAAGUGAGCCGUGGGCUUUUGUUUUUGUUCUUAUCUUUUCUGAGGUUGUGACACAAUUUUAUGAAUGCUUGUGAAAUAUUAUUCUUUCAGUUCUAUAUAAUUAAUGAGAACAUAAGAUAUGGUCUUAUGAAACUUCAAGAAUUCUAGUAUCAUUUCCAUUUGACAGGUUUUUCGUUUUCUCUUUUGAUUUUUUAGUGACCACUUGCUGAAGGCUGUUACAUGAAGGAAAGAUUAUCAAUAAGUUGACUUGGAAACUACUUGUAUGAUUUAUGUAUAUUUCCUUUGAAAAAUUAAGCAAUUGGUACAUGUACUGAAGACUGAAAUCAUGUGGGUUAAUACUUAGAGUGCAAAAUGUUCAGCGUUACCAACUGUGAAAGAUGUAACGCAGAAAACUUGGCUACUAAUUUGCAGGUACCAGGACAAUAAACUGCCAGCAUUCCAGUUUUUACUAUUAACUGGUGGCCUGUUCCUCAUGCUCUAUGUUGCUUGUGAGAAACAAAUCGGAAAUGGAAAGCUGCUGCUAGAAGAGGAAUGCCAUCAACAUGAACUAAGCAUGUUUUCUUAGGCCAGAGCCUCUGUGAUUACCUUAGUUCUAAUAUUCUGAUUCAUACAUGUACAUAUAACAUCAUAAUUCUACAGUUAUGCAUUUCAAAAUGUAAUUCUCCUGACAGAAGAAAUAAAAAUUAGUUAAAUUUUCCUGGCUGUGAAAGAUGAAGAUAGUUACAAAACUAGUAGUUGUAGACAACUAAGGAACUAUUCCUAAGCAAAUUACCAGGAAAACAACUUUGGAACCGUGUAUUGUUGCAUAAUCCAGCCAAAUGUGUACUAUGAAUCUUUUCAAAGCAGAAAAAACACCACAUGACACAAUUGGGAAUCGCCAAUAACAUGGAGAAAAGGUGCUUUUUAAAAAGAGUCUGGCCCCAGAAUUUGUCCAUUCAGGCAUGGGAAUAGGGCAUAUCUCUUUCUUCUUAAUGUUUAGUGCCGACACGCUUGCCACUACACACUUUUUGUUUGCAAAUUAACCGGUUCGCCUACUCAACCAAGUUUUUUGUAAGCCAUAAAUCUUGUGGAGAGGAAACAAGUCUCAACUAACCCACAGCAUUACAAGUUCCUAACGCACACGAUGUGGUCCAGCUCAAAAAGUGACCCAUUAAAGACUACAAUAUGAUUAAAAAAUGCAUCAUGAAGAUCAGGCAGCUUUGUCACUGGUCGCCGUCAUGGGUUUUAUAAUGUUUCAAGUGUUAAUGGAGAGCUGCUGAAACUUCAGUGGGAGUUUUCUUUGUGUUUCAUGAUUAAAAUUAAGAAUCAUGCAUUGGAAGCUGGGGUGGCAGUUUUAUCUCUCCAUCCCAUUUUGUAGUAUUUUCCAAUAAGCUUAUGUUGUUUGAUCGGCUUAUUCCUUUUAUGAAAAGUUAUGGGUGAUCCAGAUCAUUGCCCACUUACGCCCUCUUUUAUUGGGCUUUGAUCAUAUUACAUUAUCUUCACUAGGUUCUUCUUAAAAAUGUGAUUAAGUAUAAUAGACCGCAUGCCUCAAGGUUUUUCAAUUAAUGCCAUAUUUGCUAUCGAACUUUCUAAUUUAUCUCUUUGUCUUUGAAAAAGAAUAAUAAUAAAAUUUUUCAACCAAAUUUAUGAUUGAAGCAAAAUUUGCAUCAAUUUCACUACGACGUACUUAUUCAUCAUUUUCAUUCACUUUAUUAAAAUGCUAGCUAAAUUCUACAUAAGAUACAUUGAAUGAUUGAAAAGAGUAGGUGAAGCAGCAAGAAUAUAGUGUUGUUCAAAGCAAAAUUGUGAGCUCAAAUGGAUAAAACCUACCUUCAGGAAUUAAAUUGAGCCAAUUUUGAUGUUGUGUCAAGCCUUAGCGUUCUUCUUGGCCACAAAACUACAUCUCUUUACUCUUUUAACCACUCUUUGGUUACAAAACUGCAUUCCUAAUUUCCUGAAAAAAGGAAGCAAACUAUUAUUCUUGAGUUUAUUUUGCUUUGCACUAAAU